AUGGAGGGGUCCCGGGUAUGAGCUUUUCCAGUGCGAUUCCGAUAUUUUUUUGACAGCGUUCGCGGAGAUCCAGCCCACUCUCCGCCGAGUCACCAGCCAUAAUAAUCCUCUAGUUAAAUAUCACGAAAUAACCCGCCUAUACGGACGUUGAAAAGGCGGCAAACAUUCGGCCGCGUGUGCUCAACUCAAGUUUUCCCGCCAUUCAUAUAUCUCAAGCCCCCCUCCCAUCAUGUCGACGUUUGGCGAAUAUUUCCGAGUCACCACCUAUGGCGAGUCGCACUGCCGCUCAGUCGGCUGCAUCGUCGACGGAUGCCCGCCUGGCAUGGAGCUCACCGAGGACGAUAUCCAGCCCCAGAUGACACGCCGUCGGCCGGGACAGAGCGCCAUCACGACCCCGCGCAACGAGAAGGACAGGGUGUUGAUCCAGAGCGGAACCGAGUUUGGUGUCACCCUUGGGACGCCAAUCGGUAUGAUGGUGCUGAACGAGGACCAACGGCCUAAGGACUACGGCAACCAAACCAUGGAUAUCUACCCGCGACCUAGCCAUGCCGACUGGACCUACCUCGAGAAGUAUGGUGUCAAGGCGAGCAGCGGCGGUGGCAGGAGCAGCGCGCGCGAGACCAUUGGCCGUGUUGCGGCCGGCGCCAUCGCCGAGAAGUAUCUGAGGUUGGCCUACGGCGUCGAGAUCGUGGCCUUUACCAGCUCCGUCGGCAACGUCCACCUGUUCCCCCCAACUGCUGAACAUCCCAGCCCGAGCACGAAUCCGAACUUUCUCGCGCUCCUGCAGACGGUCGAUCGCAAGACGGUCGACAGCUUCCUCCCAGUUCGCUGCCCCGACGAGGCCGUCUCCCGCAAGAUGGAGGAGACCAUCGCCGAAUUCAAGAAGCGCGAAGACAGCAUCGGCGGGACGAUCACCUGCGUCAUCCGCAACGCACCAAGCGGGCUGGGCGAGCCCUGCUUCGACAAGCUCGAAGCGAAACUGGCACACGCCAUGCUCAGCAUCCCGGCCACCAAGGGCUUCGAGAUCGGGUCGGGAUUCGGUGGUUGCGAAAUUCCCGGCUCGACGCACAACGAUCCUUUCAUCCCGGCGACCAAUGUGGAGCUCCCGUCCAGCGUGGCCGAGAGCGGCGCCGCCAAGUCGGGCUUCGCGCGGCCCAAGUUGACGACCAAGACCAACUACUCGGGCGGCAUCCAGGGAGGUAUCUCCAACGGCGCGCCCAUUUACUUCCGGGUCGCCUUCAAGCCGCCUGCCACCAUCGGUCAGGCCCAGACGACCGCGACGUACGACGGCUUAUCUGAGGGUGUUCUGGCGGCCAAGGGACGGCACGAUCCUUGCGUCGUGCCGAGGGCGGUCCCCAUCGUCGAGGCCAUGGCGGCCCUGGUGCUGAUGGACGCGGUGCUAGCCCAGCAGGCCCGGCAUACUGCCAAGAGCUUGCUGCCACCGUUGAAGCAGACGAUCAAUUCUGGAAAGCCGGCUGGAAACGGCGUGACGGAGACCGAGGAGAAAAGUCCAUAGAUUUGUUAUCAAAAAGAUGGGAUUAGGAUACCCGGUAUUAAAUAUUGAACAAAAUAAGGGUUGAGAUAUAACAACAAAUCUGCUCACAUUGCGAUCAAAGCACUCUUGUGCAACGGAAAACCGCGGCUGCCAUCUGAGGCGUAAUCUUCCAACCACGAGGCGGCACGAGAGCUGCGAAUAGUUUCCGAUACAGACAGGAGUUAUUGUCUCUAAGGCAUUUGAGUUGCUAAUUGAAAUUUUGCACUUCUUCUGAUGGCAAUCCUCCUGUCUUUCUUCGCAUGGGUCCGUCUUUUCUCGAGCUCCCGCAACGAGAGCCUGCUUCGGCACGAUUAUUUGGCCGUGACCUAUUUUAUUUAGAGCAUG